GCAGCCAAUCAGAUGCUCCGAAGUCGGCAACCGUGGCCGAGCUGUUAUGUAGCUUGUGAUGUUUGUGUUCUCCGGUGCCCGGCAGCGUGAGCCCGCCGUGAGUGUGUGAGAAACUACUGGCAGUGUGUGUGUAGGAGUGUGAAAGUAUCAGUUUGUAAAGGGGGAGUGAGGAAGUACUGAACCCGUGUGUGAGAGGGAGUGAAAGAGUACCAACCCUCGUGUGUCUGGUAGGCGCCUGUGUGACAGUGAGUACCAGUCUGUGUGUCACUGUCUCCUCACUGAGCACAAUACGGACCUGAUCCGGGAUGGAGACCUUCUGCAGACUGAAUGGCACCGAGCGCUUCUGGGAUUCUAAUCUUACCUGGUAUACAGAUAACCCAGAUUUCUCCAAGUGCUUCCAAAAUACAGUCCUGGUAUGGAUACCAUGCAUCUACCUCUGGCUCUGCUCACCUUUCUACUUUAUAUAUCUUCAACGCCAUGACCAGGGUUACAUCACAAUGUCACAUCUCAACAAGGCCAAAACAGCUGUUGGUUUUUUCCUAUGGAUUGUCUGCUGGGCAGACCUCUUCUACUCUUUCUGGGAAAGGAGCCAGGGUAAAUAUCCAGCACCAGUUUUUGUUGUAAGCCCAACAGUGCUGGGUAUAACAAUGCUACUUGCAACUAUUUUAAUCCAGUAUGAGCGAAUGAAAGGAGCACAAUCGUCUGGUGUAUUGUUGAAUUUUUGGAUUAUAGCUGUUCUUUGUGCCAUAAUAAUCUUUAGGUCAAAGGUUAUGAAUUACCUAAUUCCGGGUGCUACUAUCAAUAAUAUAUUCCGGGAUACCACCUUCUAUAUAUACUUUGCACUGGUGUUAGUGGAACUAAUAUUAUCAACCAUACCUGACCAUCCUCCACUCUUCUCUGAAAGAGUCAACGACCCAAAUCCCUGUCCAGAGGCGAGUGCUUCUUUCCUAUCAAACAUCACCUUCUGGUGGAUAACUAAGAUGAUGGUUAAGGGAUAUAAACGCCCUUUAGAAGACAAGGAUUUAUGGUCUUUAAACAAAGAAGACACUUCCCUGGAAGUUGUACCAGUAUUGUCUAAGAACUGGGAUAAAGAAUACUCAAAAGCAAAAAAGCAGCCUUUGAAGAUGGUUUAUUCUCCCAAAAAACAAUCAAAUCCAGCCGGCUCAAAAGAGAAUGAUGCUGAAGAAGCCAAGGCGCUUCUAGUGCAGCCCUCGCCUAAAGAUGUGGAACCAUCAUUAUUUAAUGCUUUGUACAAAACCUUUGGCCCUUACUUUUUUAUGAGCUCAUUCUUCAAAAUCCUACAUGAUGUUUUGAUGUUUUCUGGACCAGAGAUUCUAAAGUUGCUCAUUCAGUUUGUGGGUAAUAAGGACGCCCCUAACUGGCACGGAUAUCUGUACACUGCACUGUUGUUUUUGUGUGCUUGUAUCCAAACGCUAGUCCUGCACAAGUACUUUCAUAUCUGCUUUGUCACUGGAAUGAGGUUAAAAACGGCUAUCAUUGGUGUCGUCUAUCGUAAGGCUUUGGUGAUAAGUAAUGCUUCACGACGUACAUCCACUGUCGGAGAAAUUGUAAAUCUGAUGUCUGUAGAUGCGCAGAGGUUCAUGGACUUGGCUACAUAUAUAAAUAUGAUAUGGUCAGCUCCCUUGCAGGUUAUAUUAGCACUUUACUUAUUAUGGCAGAACCUGGGCCCCUCUGUGCUAGCAGGUGUUGCAGUCAUGAUACUUCUUGUUCCUGUUAAUGCUGUAAUAGCAGUGAAGACUAAGAAAUAUCAAGUGGUUCAGAUGAAAUGCAAAGAUAACAGAAUCAAAGUGAUGAAUGAAAUUUUAAAUGGCAUCAAAGUGCUGAAACUUUAUGCCUGGGAAAUAGCUUUCAAAGAGAAGGUGCUGGGUAUCCGACAACAGGAACUCGAAGUGCUGAAGAAAUCCGCUUACUUGGCUGCUGUAGGGACCUUCACCUGGGUCUGUGCUCCUUUUCUGGUUGCCUUAUCCACAUUCGCUGUCUACAUUCUAAUUGAUGAGAACAAUGUCCUGGAUGCAGAAAAGGCAUUUGUCUCAUUGGCGUUAUUUAAUAUUCUCAGAUUCCCAUUAAACAUGUUACCUAUGGUCAUCAGCAGCAUGGUGCAGACAAGUGUUUCAUUAAAACGUCUAAGAGUUUUCCUAUCUCAUGAAGAACUUGAUCCUGACAGUGUAAUCAGAGAUGUCCCUAAAAAUGCUGAAGGCAGCAUUGUAUCCAUAAGAGAUGCCACAUUCUCGUGGUCCCGGAAUGAUCCUCCCUCGCUGAAAGAAAUUAGUGUUUCCAUACCAGAGGGCUCUCUGAUUGCAGUUGUUGGCCAAGUAGGCUGUGGAAAGUCUUCCUUGCUAUCUGCGCUAUUAGGAGAGAUGGAAAAAAGAGAGGGAUCUGUGGCUGUGAAGGGUAGUAUAGCUUAUGUUCCGCAACAAGCCUGGAUACAAAAUGCUUCUCUGAAAGAUAAUGUCAUGUUCGGCAGAGAGACGUAUGAGCCCUUAUACAAACGUGUGAUUGACGCCUGUGCACUUCUGCCUGAUUUGGAAAUUCUGCCUUCAGGAGACAGGACAGAGAUCGGUGAAAAAGGUGUGAAUUUGUCCGGUGGCCAGAAGCAGAGAGUCAGUCUUGCCCGUGCAGUUUAUUGUAAUGCUGAUGUCUACUUGCUCGAUGACCCCUUAUCCGCGGUGGAUGCUCAUGUUGGGAGACACAUAUUUGACAAUGUUAUUGGGCCAAACGGACUGUUAAAAGAUAAAACUCGCAUUCUUGUAACUCAUGGCGUGAGCUACCUACCACAGAUGGAUUCCAUUAUUGUCAUGGUUGAUGGCAAAAUCACCGAAGUUGGAUCCUAUCAAGAUCUGCUGAAACAGGAUGGCGCAUUUGCUGAAUUUCUUCGUACUUAUGCCAACGCCGAACAAAACAAGGAUCAUGAAGAAAAUACAAAGGUAGAAGAAGAGGAAGAAGAACCAGUAGUGGAUCACAAAGAGGUGCCAAGUACACCCAUUACUGAUGACAGACAUUUGGAAAAUGGAACGCUUGUGAAGGAAAAAGCUGAUCGAAGUCUCCAAAGACAACUGAGUGCAUCCUCUGAUACAAAGUCUAUGCACCAAAAUAGCACAUCUGAUUUACAGAAGUCAGGAGCAGAAAAGGAGGACUGGAAACUGACAGAAGCUGACAAAGCACAAACCGGAAGAGUUAAGUUUUCUGUGUUUUGGGAGUAUAUGAAAGCAAUCGGCCUUGUUCUGUCUUUCUUGAGCAUUUUCCUUUUUAUUUGCAACCAUGUAUCCUCCUUAUCUUCCAACUACUGGUUGAGCCUGUGGACCGACGACGAGGUUAUCAACGGGACUCAACCAAAAUCAAAAAUGAGGCUGAGCGUUUAUGGAGCUCUGGGGAUCUCACAAGGUUUUGCGGUCUUUGGAUAUUCCACUACUGUCUCAUUAGGAGGAGUACUAGCCUCUAGGUACCUUCACAUGGAUCUGCUUCACAACGUCCUCCGCUUUUCAAUGAAUUUUUUUGAGCGCACCCCCAGUGGCAAUCUUGUCAAUCGUUUCUCCAAGGAAAUAGACACCAUCGAUUCCACCAUCCCGCAGAUAAUUAAGAUGUUUAUGGGCUCUUUGUUUAAUGUCAUUGGCGCAUGUAUAAUUAUUCUGGUUGCCACUCCCAUUGUCGCAGUAAUUAUUCCACCUUUGGGGGUCCUUUACUUUUUUGUACAGAGGUUUUACGUGGCUUCAUCUCGACAGCUAAAACGCCUUGAAUCUGUUAGUCGAUCUCCGGUUUAUUCUCAUUUCAACGAGACUCUUCUAGGAACCAGUGUCAUUCGAGCCUUUGGGGAACAAAAGCAAUUUAUUAAAAUCAGUGACUUCAGGGUGGAUGAAAAUCAGAGAGCUUAUUACCCGAGCAUCGUCUCCAACAGGUGGUUGGCGAUCAGAUUAGAGUUUGUUGGAAAUUGCAUAGUCCUUUUUGCAUCUCUGUUUGCAGUGGUUUCCAGGAACACACUCAGCCCUGGAUUGGUUGGACUGUCCAUCUCUUAUGCUUUACAGAUCACAACAUACCUCAACUGGCUGGUGAGAAUGUCCUCCGAAUUAGAAACAAAUAUUGUUGCGGUCGAGAGAGUCAAGGAAUAUUCUGAAAUGGAGAAAGAGGCUGAAUGGACUAAUGCACAAGCUGCUCCAGCAGAAGAUUGGCCACAUGAAGGAAAAAUUGAGUUUCGAGGCUACGGUUUACGUUACCGAGAAGACUUGGACCUUGCUCUGAAAAAUAUUAAUGUUACUAUUCAUGGAGGAGAGAAGAUUGGAAUUGUUGGCCGGACGGGCGCUGGGAAAUCCUCGCUCACGCUGGGACUGUUCCGUAUUAAUGAACCUGCUGCAGGGGAGAUCAUUAUUGAUGGAUACAACAUUGCAAAAAUUGGACUUCAUGAUCUUCGUUUUAAGAUUACUAUUAUUCCACAGGAUCCAGUGUUGUUUUCUGGUUCCUUGAGGAUGAAUCUAGACCCCUUUGAUAAAUACACAGAUGAAGACAUCUGGACAGCUUUAAACCUUGCUCACCUUAAAACGUUUGUCUCAGGUCUUGCUGAAAAGCUUAAUCAUGAAUGUGCAGAAGGAGGAGAAAAUCUCAGCAUUGGUCAGCGGCAGCUGGUGUGCUUGGCUCGAGCUCUUCUUCGUAAGACCAAAAUCCUGGUGCUGGAUGAAGCUACAGCAGCUGUAGACCUGGAGACAGACGGCCUUAUUCAGUCAACCAUCAGAACGGAGUUUAAAGAUUGUACAGUUAUAACUAUUGCUCAUCGGCUCAACACUAUUAUGGAUUAUACAAGGGUGAUAGUCCUGGAUAAAGGUCAAAUUGUAGAAUUCGAUUCUCCAAGCAACCUUCUUCAGCGGAGAGGCAUUUUCUACAGCAUGGCCAAAGACUCUGGAUUAGUUUGAUGUUACUAGAAUACCGCAGCGCACUGCGUCCACCAGACAUGCAAAAAGAUUGUGUACCUCCUUGAUUGUAGGAUAGAUUUGUUUCCUCUUUAAUUUUUUUGCAAAUACACAAAACAAUAGUGGCUGACAUUUUUAUACUAAUUUUACCUUAAUCACUCUUGGUGGCCUACAAAAAUUAUAUUUGUGAUGUCCAAAUGUAUGUUGUGUGUUAGUUUGUUUAAAUUAAAAUGCCAUGGCACUUAACUUCGGAACCAGGUGGUAGGUUCUGGGAAUUUACAUACACUUUGUUUUGUUUGUGUUCCGUAAUCUGGCCACUAACUAGAUUUUUUCCUCUUCAUUUUUUUUUAUUUUGCAACUACACAAAACAAUGGUGGCUGACAUUUUUUUACUACUUUUCCUUAAUCACUCUUGGUGGGUAAAAAAAAUAUAUUUGGGAAGUCCAAAGGUAUGUUGUGUGUUAGCUUGUUUAAAUUAAAAUGCCAUGGCACUUAAAUUCGGAACCAGGUGGAAGGUUCCAGGCAUUUACAUACGCUUUGUUUUGUUAGUAUAGUGGCCAGAUUACUGAACCAAAAUGUGUUUUUGGUCAAGAGUUUAAAUACUUCUUGAAUCAGCUACUCAUUGAAUAUGAUGUCUCUUAAUUUGUUUUACACCUGAUAGUUUUGAUACCAGGUGGAUCUGCAAAAUCUGUUUGCAAUCAUCUUCAGGGGGAAAAUGAUGAUGUUAAGUCAUUGAGAUUGGUGCUAAGAAUAUCAUAUGAGAGUGCAGUAAGCAUGUGGAUAAAGAUCACAUUUGUAUUGAUGUGUCUUAAGAGAAAAUCAAGAAUUGUAAUGCCAUGACCGAGCAUUCAGAAUAUGAAUGCCACAGACCUGUGCCAAUUUGGCACUACUUUUUUUUGGUUGAGAAUAUGGUAUGCUUGGCAUUUCAUCACCAAUCAUAUAUUUUUUUUCUUUUACAUACAGUGGUCUCAUUUGCUGUUAUUUGGACAUUAACCUAAAGUUGCUUGUUUUGCCAAGCGCAGCGUCUUUAUAAGUCGCUGUGCAUUCAUUGGUUUAAGUAUAGGUAUGCGUCAAUGUGGCCUACUGUGCCCUUUUGUUCAUAGCAACUUGUUCAUUGUAGAUCAAACUGAAUAAGCAUGACAGCUCUGCAAUAUUCUAAGACUAGUAUCUCAGGUAAAAUGACUGAUUCUACAGUCUGUCUUCAGGAUUUUGCUGUACUAUAAAUCUAACCUGUACAGAUAUUUUGUUACAAAUGAUACAUUUUGGGUAGCUUUUUCAUACACUAUUUAUUAGCUAAAUUGUAUUGUAAUUAAUUAUUUAAGAAAGUUGCAAUAACAAAUGCACUUUGACAUAUUAUCAUUUUCUGUGUCUUUUUGAAGGCAAUGUACCGAAAUGCGUUACUGACCCAUUUGACUUAUGCUUUUUCAGAACAUGAAUUUCAUUCUUUUCUUUUUUUUUCUACAACAAGUGCUGGUCUCUGCACAUUCAGAUGCAUUUCCUUGCAAACUCCAAUUCAGUUGCUAUAAUUGUGGCUAAGAAAUUAUAAAUAGUAGAGAUUUAAAUUCUAUUUGUCUUAUCGAUGACGUAAUCCUACUUUGUGAUUUAAAUUGAAAUUGUAUGCAAAUGUUCUCUUCUUUUUAAGGGUAUUUACGGUCUAUUAUCAACAAAAUAUAUAAAAAAUUGUUCUGUGCUGAAAAAGCCUACUGUACCAUGACCGACUUGUGGGGGCUUGUCCCCUGGCCAUCAGUAUGGUGGAAGCUGUCCUUAAAGUGAAUGUAAAUUCUAGCAUUUGUGAAACGCUAAGAUUUACCAGUGGACCAAAUAAAGGGGAAUUUCAGUCAUGAAGUAUAAAAUACUUCAUGCAGAAAGUUCUGUUACUAGUUUGAAGCGUUCGCCUCAAUGAGCUGCUCAGGCAGCCCACGGCAGAACGUUAUUUUGCUGCGAGGUGACGUUUCCACCUCUUAGCCAAUAGCUGUGCGGGCUAUCUAGCUUGCACCUGCUGGUUCUCAAGGCUAUUUGCUAAGAGGUGGAAACGUCACCUCACAGCAAAAUAGCGUUCUGCCGUGGGCUGCCUGAGGCGCUCAGCGUGGCGAACCCUUUAAACAAAUAAAGGAAGUUUCAGCAUGAAGCAUUUUAUACUUCAUGACUGAAAGUCUCCUUUAUUGUUCAUAUUGUAAAUUCUAGCAUUUCACAUACGCCAGGAUUUACCUUCCCUUUAAAGGGACAGUAAAGACAAAAAUUAAACUUAAAUGUAUUGGAUAGAGCUUAGUUCUCCUGGUAUCCUGUUGAAAGAGUAAUCCUAGGUGUGCUCAGGUGCAUGCAUGUGCAUUUAGCUGUUUGAUAGCAGUGUUUUUGCAUCAAUGUUUAUAAUGAUGUAAUACAUUGUUGCAAAUACUGCUGCCGAAGAUUCUUAAAGACAUGUACAUACACCUAUCAGCCUACCCAGCCUUACUCUUCAACAUAGGAUAACAAGAUGUACAUUAAUACAUUGCUAAAUGGAUAUGGUUUCCCAUAUAAAAGCACAGCUAAUACUUAUUGGCUGUAAGGCUUGCUACUAAUGCUGAUUGGCUGAUAACCAAUUCAAUUCCUGCCUGUGAUAGUGAAGUAUUUCUAAGAAGCCCACAAUGGAUUCUAGAAUGUUUGUUUGUUAGUUUAAACUUAAAGGGACAGUAAAAUCAAAAUUAAACGUUCUUAAUUCAUAUAGAGCAUACAAUUUUAAAUAACUUUCAAGCCUAUUUCUAUUAUCUAAUUUUCUUCAUUCCCUUGGUAUCCUUUGUUGAAAGACUACUUAGGUGGGUCAGGAGCAGCAAUGCACUACUGUGAGCUAGGUGCUGAUUGGUAGCUGCAAAUAUAUGCCUCUUGUCAUUGGUUCACUAGAUGUGUUCAGCUAGCUCCCAUUGCUGCUCCUUCAAUAAAAGAUACAAAGAGAAUAAAGCAAAUUUGAUAAUAGAAGAAAAUUGGAAAGUUGUUUAAAAUUGUAUGUCCUACCUGAAUCAUGAAAUAAAAAAAUGGGUAAUCCAUGUCUCUUUAAGCAAAUUUUUUUUUUUCAGGCAAUAAAAAUGUAACCUGUUUAAUGCUGCUUUUUCAUAUAGAUGAUUAGACCAUUUUUUUAGUACAAUGCCUAUUUAAAUAUGCGAUUUUAAAUGAAACAUAUUAAGAUGCACAGUAUCUCUUUAAGCUAUAAUAUGCAUUACUUUAAAAGGGAGACUAGUAGCACAAAUGCAGCAUUUAAUGGUAAUAUGAACCUAGGUUGCUUAGAAAUGUUUAUGCACUUAGUUAUUUAUAGGAGCUAUGUUAUUUUACUGAUAAAAUAUAUUAUAGAAAGUAGUAUAAAGCCUGUACUAAACGGAUGAUCAGACAGAGUAUAAUUUAGGGUAAAAUUAAAAAGCUAAGGAAAAAGGGUUCCACUAAUAUACGUUUUCUAAGCCCCGCACAUUUCUUGACUAGCUUUUAUGUUGCUGAAAUAUAAUUAGUGUAGCUUUCCUUUGCUUUUGUGUUUUUUCAUUGAUUUAAAUACAACCGCAAAUAUUUAUUGCAAAUCCAUGAUUGGUCCUUGUAGUUUUGUUAUUUAUAUUUUCCAGAUUUUGUAUAGUUAGGUGUUCUGUCUUCAGAUUACCAAGAAUACAAAUUGGCAGUUGGAAACCAUUCUUUGUACACUACAUUCUUAAUAAACACAUGAAAGAGAGCUAGUAUUUCAUAGACUCCAGAUCUUUUAGUACCAGUGCUCAGUCAUGGGUCACUUCUGCGUUCAUAGAUUCUAUUUGUGCUAAAUAAGUAGGCGAGUUAACAAAAUAAGCUUUGUAUCUGCACUGCCGUUAAAAGGACAGAGCUGUGAUAUAAUAUAAUGUUCUAAUAUGUUUGAGUGUUAUAUCAUUGCUCAAAUACUUGCAUAGAAAAAUGUUUAAUCUUCACAAAGCAGGUUAAGCUUCGAUUAAAAUGUGUUUGGGAACCACAAUGCAUGCCACUCCUGAGUUCGGAUAUGUUUGUAAGCCAAUCAGAAGCACAUAGCUGCCAAUACUAUCCUUGUGCUGUCAGCACUUAGUCUGCAGCAGCUCAACAGUGAGAGGUUAACUAUGUGUUUAAGGGGACAUUUACCUGCUGGACACAACUUCAACAGAAUGGUUACUAUUCACUGUGCUCUUGUUUUUUCUUAUGACCCUGCAGCUCUCUUCAUAAUUAUUCUCUUAUUUUAACCCUUUACAGAUGCCGGUUAGUGAAGCUCCACAUCUUCAUAUUGGACAGCGACAUCUUGGAGCUCACAUAUUGUUGCGCCCUGCGACAGAAGUGGUGAACAUUCACAUAUCAGUGAUGUUGUUGGAGUUUUCAUAACUGUUUUGUGUUCUUAACUUGUACAAUAAAGAGUAAGAGGAUUUAAUUUCUGCAUUUUUUUUUUACAUAGUUAGAUAACAAAUGUAAAAAAAACCUGAAUAUUAUAAAGCAUGAAUAGUAUAAAACAAGGCCACUACAAAAUCAUGCAAUGACCGCUUCUGUCACAGGGUGCAAGAAUACCUAAGCUCCAAGAUACUGGCAUCCAGUAUGAAGAUCUGGAGCUUGAGCAACCGGCACCAGCAAAGGGUUAAGAGAACCACUUUGAAGAGGUCUGAUGGUACAUGGUGAGUAGUAACCGUGCUAUAGUAGUUUAAUAGUCCUUAAGUCCUUUACACAGAGAAACCUAUAAUUAUACUCAAGUAUCUGAGCAAUUACAAAAUAUUCUAAAGCAUUAGAUCAUUUUAUUAUUCUGCUAUAUAAUGUUCCUUUAACGUUUUUGUUGCCAUAGGUGCUGGGUAGAAUAAUUACAAAUUAUUGCACAAAGACUAAAUGGAUUUGUGGUCAAUUUACUUUUCUUAAAGUUAACACUUCUAAAGUUACUCACAAAGCUUCAACACCCAAAAAAAAAGGUAAUUAUUCAAAGCAGUUGGAUAUUGUCAAAUUCAGACAUCAGAAAUGUGUGUUUCUGUAUUGAACAGGAUAAAUAUUAGAUGUGCAAUCAUACUGAACUGGUGGCUUCAUGGUGACAUAUCUAUUACCUCGAUUAGAGACAAAUCUCUUAUUAAGUUACAACUAUUUAUUUUUUUGGUAAGUUAUAUUCUUUAAUCUAUUACAGAAUGCUAUUUUCUUUCGCAAUUGUUUUUGUAACUUUUACAUUGGAAAUGGUAUUUGUUAAUAAAAAACAUUGUAAAUUC